AUGGCGACUGUUGAAUCUUACAGCAAAUCGAAGAAAUCUGAGAAGCCAGUGAAGAAACUCAUGAAGUAUUCUUCAAAACCGUGGUCGGUCAUAUGUGAGGAAUAUGAAGCUAGUCAAAAAGCGAAGACCACUAAAGAAAAUUGUUUAAAUAAGCAGAAUAAUGCCAGUGUUGACUUAAAAAUAAAGUCCGAAGAUAUAGCUGAAAAAGAAAAGAAUGUUGCACGGAAUUCUUCGUCGAAAUCAGAAACCAGUGCGGAAGUUACGAACAUAGUUCCAUCAAAGAAACAUCAAAGAAACAAAGUGAACACAAACGUUGAUAACCUAGAGAAUCAAUUAAAAAUACUUUUAGAAACUGCAAUUAGUGAAUCGAAGCAACCUACUAUAACUGGCAAAAAAUUAAUGAAAUACUCUACGAAACCGUGGUCGGUCAUAUGUGACGAAUAUGAAGCCAGUCUUGCUCGGAAUGAUUCGUCAGAACCUGAAGCCAGUAGUUUAGAUGAGAAAAUAGAUCUAUCAACGAAAGCGAUAAAUGUAAAGGAGAAUACCACAACCGAGGAGGCUAAUGAAAAACCAGUAGUUGAAGAGAACAUAACUACUGAUAACCAACAGAAUAAUUUAAAAGCACCUACAGAACAUACAACUAUUGAACCUAUUGAUAAACCUAAACUAUCUAAAAGAGCAAUGAAGAAACUUAGGAAAAAUGCGCCAAAAACACUGUCGGAUACAGUUGUUCAACGUGUAGCCAGUGAAAUAUCGUUGAUCAAUACAAAUAUUGGUUUCGAUAAAGAAAAUAUCGCCGCUGUUGACGUAGAAAUAAAUUCCGAUGAUACAACUAUGAUAUCAAAGAAGGAUCUUAAUGAUCUAAGUAUUCCAUCAGAAAAUAAAACAACUGUAAAAAAUAAUGAAUUUACCAUCGACUUGCAAUCUUCAGUUACACGGAAUUCUUCGUCGAAAUCAGAAACCAGUGCAGAAGUUACGAACAUAGUUCCAUCAAAGAAUCAUCAAAGAAACAAAGUGAACACAAACGUUGAUAACCUAGAGAAUCAAUUAAAAAUACUUUUAGAAACUGCAAUUAGUGAAUCGAAGCAACCUACUAAAACUGGCAAAAAAUUAAUGAAAUACUCUACGAAACCGUGGUCGGUCAUAUGUGACGAAUAUGAAGCCAGUCGUAAGUGUAUUAUCGAUAGCGUUUUUGAAAAUCUCAUUAUUAAUGGUUUAAAAAAUCUUUAGUUAUUAUCUGAAAGUAAGAAUACAUUCAAUAACUGUUCACAA